CGCGGGUGAUGUGGACGAGAUAAAAUUAAAAACCAAACAAACUGAUAAGAAAUAAGCCCGUAAAUUACUGAAAAGUAGAGCUUUACAACUCCCCACAGAUACUUUAAGUAAUCUCGCUGACCUCUCGAGUGUUAACCACAAGAAACUCCGCCGCCGCAAUUCACGGACCUGGUUUCAAUCGCUGCGGGGUAUAAUUUUAGAAAUAAACGAUAACAUGGCUCGAGCUGGUUUCCGCAUUGCCCUGCUACAGCUGAAGGUGGGCGCGAACAAAUCGCAGAACAUCGAAAAUGCCAUCAGCAAAAUCCGUUCCGCUGUUAGCGAUAAGGGAGCCCGCGUUGUGGCACUGCCGGAGUGCUUCAAUUCACCGUACGGUACGCAACAUUUUCCCGAGUAUGCCGAAGAGAUCCCAACCGGUGAAACGAGCCGCAGUUUGGCGGCGAUAGCGAAGGAGCUGGGCAUCUACCUGAUUGGUGGCACGAUUCCGGAACGUUGCGCCACCGAUAGCAAACUGUACAAUACUUGCACCAUCUGGUCUCCGGAAGGAUCGCUAAUGGCGACGUAUCGGAAAAUCCAUCUCUUUGAUAUCAACAUUCCCGGUGGCAUCACGUUCCGCGAGUCGGACGUACUAACGGGCGGUGCCCAUCUGGCAACCGUAGCCAUCGAUGGGGCAAAGGUUGGCAUCGGCAUCUGCUACGAUAUUCGGUUCGAUGAGCUGGCACGGCUGUACCGGAACCAGGGUUGCGAUAUGUUGAUCUACCCGGGUGCAUUUAACAUGAAAACGGGUCCACUACAUUGGGAGCUGCUGGCACGUGGCCGUGCGAACGAUACGCAGUCGUACGUGGCGACUAUCUCACCGGCACGUGAUGCUUCGGCCGGAUACGUUGCAUGGGGCCACUCGAUGCUGGUGGAUCCGUGGGCGAAGAUUGUCGGUGAAGCGGCCGAAGGUGAGGAAACGGUUGUCGCCGAUGUGAACCUCAAGACGGUGGACGAAGUCCGGGCACAAAUCCCCAUCUUCAGUCAGCGGAGGACGGAUCUCUACAACACGAAUGCCGUUGUGUAGUAAUGAUUCGGUCAAAACGGUUGAAUUUGUUAAUAGAUUGAAUACGCCAAUAAACUGUUGAUGCAUUUAAUAAA